AGAGAGAGAGAGAGAGAGAGACGAGAGGAUGAGUCCAUAAACAACAAAAAUAGAAGGGGUUGUCAAUUGGCAUCUACUCCUUCCUCCCCCUUCUUCACACCCCCACAUAUAUAACCCCCUCACAUCACACCCUUUUUAUUUUUUUCUCACUCUCAUUCAGAUUUUUCCUUGCCCCCCCCCCCCCCUCUUCUCUCUCUAGAAAAAAAAGAUGAGUGAUAACGAUGAGGAUUGGGUGGGAGCGGCCAUGUCCGACGAAUCCAUGGCGGCGGAGCUUCUGGUUCGUCUCCGCCGCGCCAAACCGCCUCCUCCUCCUCCACCACCACCAUCGGCUUUACCGUUCAAGUGGAGCGUCAGGCAACCCCGCUCCAGACCGAUGAUGCUCAACAAAAAGCUGAUUCCGCGAGCCAGCCCCUCCACACCGCUCUCCUGGAGUGGCGCCACCUCCGUCAGCGGUGUCGCGGCCGCCGCCGCCGCCGACGGUUCUGAGGAGUCCAGCCAACUCCCUCUGAAUCGUCCCGACGCCACGAGAUCUAAGGUUAGUGGUAAAAAUGGAACUACCAACAAGAGGUGGGGACGAAAGAAAAAGACAUUAGAUGAACUUAAAGAGGAGGAGAUCUUGCUUUUAGGGGAAAGAAGGCAUUUGAAGAAGGAAAUAGCAGAAUUAUGUGUCAAUCUGGAAAAAGAGAGAGCCAGAAAUGAAAGCUUGAAGCGAUUGAAGCUCGAUUUGGCAUCACAUUCGGCGGUGAAAGGAGUUGCAACAGUUGCAUCUGAAGAAGCAAUCCCCAAUCAAAUACAGCAAAUAGCAGCAGCAUUUUGUGACCCAAUUCCUUCAAUCUUGCCACCAGAUGUAAAAAUUGAUAACCAUGAUGCUGAGCAACAACCUGCUAUGCUGAAUGGUUCAUCCAAGCUGCAGCAGGAGGCAAUGAAUUGGGAGAAUAAUUUUGUUGUUCCUGAUCUAAAUCUCUCUCUUGAGGAUGCAAACUCCGAGGCCUUACUUGGAGUUAACUAAGACUGAUCAAGCAUAUACUCAUAACCAAUUUUCCAGAUGAAUAGCAGUAUAGUUGAAUAAGUGCUGACCUUGUUGUAGGGUGAACUGUUUAAACUGUAAUUACAAAAGAACAACUUUACCUUUACCGCUUCCUGAACAGAAAGUGAAGUGUUUUUUUUUUCUGUCUUUUCACUCAUGGAGGUACUGAGGGUAGCUUAGAUAUCCUAUUUAACCUAUUAGAUGAGUCGCAUCCUCAUUCCUUCUAGUCCCUUUUCGAGGAGUAAUUUACAGUUAAAGUUGUAUAAUAUUUACAUAGAUGAUCAGAUGUUGGGUACCUUUCGUUAACAACUAUUUUAGUUUCCUUCGUUACUUUUUUUGUA